AUGACAGUUCCGGACUCCCCUCGCCAGCUUCGGCCGGAGCAAUUUCAGAUGCCCUUUAGGAGUGACACGUCCAGAUCCUCUUUCCUCUCGCACGUUUCCGUCCGCCAAACCUCGCCUUCUGCCAUGCCGUCGUCAGCCUUGUUGGUUCCCCUCAAGCAGGAGAAUGCUCCGCCGCAGCCAUUCGAGGACCAUGAGCAGCUCUUCAGAAACCCCUCAUCGGGUGCCUCGGACACCUCGCUCAUGGACUACGACUACCCGUGCCAGCACCCUGACUUCUCCAAUUACCAGCCCGCCGCAGCAUCGCGUCCGCCCGCGCCGCCCGACGCCCUCGGCUAUGCGCCGCAGCUGCAGUAUCCAUACCCCGAGUGCCACUAUGUCUCGCCUGAGCAUGAUCCGACCUGUCCCCGGACUCUCUCCAACUUGGGCUCGGGGCAGCUGUCCGACAUCUGCUUUCCGCCCGGCUAUCAGUUUCCCGGCCAACAGCAAGGCUUCUGCUUCCCCAGUCACGGCUACCAGAUGGAAUUCGCCGGCAGGAGUCAGUCCCCGCCCGCCGACACUGGCUUCUAUCCGACGCCCCCUUCGCAUGGACUGCCUUUCCGCAACACCCCAGACUACCAUCUGAAGCAAGACUUUGGUCAGGCGCUCUAUGACGACCGCAGCUGCCUUGAAAACGAGCAGGACGACAGGACCGAUGACAAGAACGAGCCGUACGCGAAGCUCAUCUACCGAGCGCUCAUGGAGAGGCCGGACCAUACGAUGGUGUUACGCGACAUCUAUGACUGGUUCAAGCGCUACACGGACAAGCCCAAAGAGAGCAACACCAAAGGAUGGCAGAACAGCAUCCGGCACAACCUCUCGAUGAAUGGCGCCUUUCAGAAGGUUGAGCAGCCGGCCGGGGAGGAUUCGAAGAAGACCAACAUGUGGUGUCUCACCAGCGAAGCGAUUCGCGAGGGCGUCAAGUCGACGACACGUUAUCGCAAGAAGGAGCAGCACAAACGGGGCUCGAAGCAUUCUCACAACCCCAACCAUCGCCCAUCCGCCCAGAGACAGGCCGCCGGGGCGAGGGGCGGUGACGCAACGAAACGGUCUACCGAAAGACGGCAGGUGCAGCAGCGACAGCAGUCUGAGCAGGACCUGUUUGAACAAGGGCUCGGUAUCGUCUGCGACGCGUCGCUGAAUCCAGAAGACGAAGCCUGCUCGAACCCAUACAUGCUGGCCCCGAUCCAUGAAGGGCCGCACGCACCUUACGUCUAUCCCCUGCGCGAUUACAUGCAACACGACCUCGGGCAGUCGGAGGCUUCAGAAUCGAGGUGCACAUCACUUUCGCCUGCUGCUCUCACCCCUUACCAGUCGUUCCCUCAGAGUCCGAUGCAAGAUCAAAGCUGGGGCUGCAAUACCAUGUCAGACGUGCCAUCGCUGUUUGCCCCCACUACCGGCUUCUUCGCCGGGGGUCAGCUUGGUAAUGGGUGCGUGGGCCUUACACCCUCCCAUACCCCAUCGCCGUCUGACGGGGGUGACCCCCCCACUCCAGCCAACAACCCAGGAGGCUUGGACAUAGACCCUGAGGGCCACUUGAUGCCGCCUCCACCCACGACUUUCUUCGAGGUGGAGGGUGCUAUGAUGUAG